AUGUAUGGCAAGAUCAACGUGCAAAGUCACGUUUUCUACAGUACUAUGCUGCGACGGUACGGCUUUACAAUGGGAGAUCUCUGCUACGGGCUUCCUGGUAACAAUAUCUUAGCCCAUGAAGAGGUGGCCCCAAACAAUGAUUCAGGGAACCUUGAGAGAGACGGACCUGCCGGCAUAAGACUAAGGCAGUCUUGGGUAGGAAUGCUCUGCUAUGGGCUAGGCGUGCAUCAUUAUGGAACAUCGUCCGAUGCUGUCUUGAUGCACGGCCGAAACCGACCGUCGCUAAACAUGGCUGCUGGACACGCCUUCCUAGUCGAUCCUUCUUGUCUCCACCUCCAACUUUGGCUUCCCACCCUGCGACGGUACGGCUUUACAAUGGGAGAUCUCUGCUACGGGCUUCCUGGUAACAAUAUCUUAGCCCAUGAAGAGGUGGCCCCAAACAAUGAUUCAGGGAACCUUGAGAGAGACGGACCUGCCGGCAUAAGACUAAGGCAGUCUUGGGUAGGAAUGCUCUGCUAUGGGCUAGGCGUGCAUCAUUAUGGAACUUCGUUCGAAGCUGUCUUGAUGCACGGCCGAAACCGACCGUCGCUAAACAUGGCUGCUGGACACGCCUUCCUUGUUCGCCAAGGAAGCACACGCCGUCAACGUGCUUGGUACGCCAGCCAUGGCUAUUUAAACGACUGUUCCUGA